UACAUCGGUUACCUAGCUGUCUCGGGUAAGUGUGUUGUCACAGGGGCUGCGUCUAUUCCAGUUAUAACGCUACACACCUGUCCUACUGUGUACAGGAGAGAUGGCGACCUCACAGAAGUUGACAGAACACUUCCUGACAUGCACCAUAUGUACAGAGGUGUUUGACAAGCCCUGUACACUUGUGUGUAAUCACACCUUCUGCCGGAAAUGUGUCGUCAACUACACCAAAACCAGACCGGAAGCCCUCAGUGCCAAGUCUCUCAUGUGUCCAUUCUGCAGGAAGAUGACGAAAGUGUCUGACCCCGAGAGACCAGUGGAGGAGUGGGCGGAUGACGUAAAGCCUAUCUUUGUCAUCCAGGGACUGUUGGACUCGUUUGGUCCUGGAUCUAAAGAUACAACUAACUGCAGUUAUUGUAAGGAGGAAGGGGAGACAACUCCAGCUACAUCUUGGUGUGCUGUUUGUGACGACGCACUAUGUGAACGAUGUACACGGAUGCACCAACGAAUGCCCUCUUCCCGUCACCAUGACGUAGUUGACCUGUCUGGAGAGACAAGGGUCAAGGUCAAGAGAAAGGUCAUUUGUAAAGUUCACAAGAAUAAAAUGAUCAAAUAUCUUUGCAAAGAUUGUAAAACAGCUGUUUGCCAAACAUGCUGCAUUAUCCAUCACAGGAAAUGUGAGUUGGUUGUUGAAAUCGAGUCAGAGAUUCCUGAAAUGAAAACCGAGCUGAGAAAGAAUAAAAAGAAUUUGUUAAGGAAGCACAAUGAGAUGAAAACACAUGUUGGAAAACAAACCUUCAAAGUUGGUGAAGAAUUGGCUCGUUAUGUACAAAUAGAAUCGAAUAUCAAGUCUGCAAGUGUCACAGCAAUAGAGGUUAUCAAAGUCAAGGAACGGAAACUUCUGUCUGAACUGAAAGAGAUGUCUGACAGACACAUUGGACAACUGAAGGCAGACAUAAAGUCAGGUGAGAUGUCAGUACAGAUGUACCAACAACAGGCUGAGCUGAUAGACCAGGCUCUACAAUUUGAGUGUGACAUGGAUGUGUAUGAGAUGUAUCAGGGAUGUGAGGCCGGUGAUGUAGAGGCUGUCGGAGUCGUAGACGUGAUGGAGAAGGGAAGAAUAGAUAGGAUAACAUUCAGACAGGACACGGACAAGCUGAGUAGAGCACUGGAAGAUCUCAAUCUGGGUGAGAUACACGUCCAGUAUGACGAUGUGCUGGACCUGAAGGCUGCUCCCGUGUUACAGGACACCAUUAACGUGACAGUAGCAGGAGAUGAAGAUGAAGGAUAUUCCCAUGACGUAACAAUGCUAGAGGUGAAUGGUACAGACACAGUGGUAGUUACAGACUACUACAACAACAGUGUGAAGUCCUUCUACACCAGGAACAGUCAGCCAGGUCACAGCAAGCUCAGUGUGGAAGGUGAACCCUAUGGUAUAACAAGGCUGAAACACAACCAGGUGGCUGUCACUGUGAUGGGUACCAGUCAGAUUGUAACAGUUGAAGUGAACCCUGACCUGGUGCUGCUGUCGACCAUCAAAACCAGCAAACAGUACAAGGGUAUAACGUCUCUGACACAAUCAACACUAGCAGCAAGUUGCAAGUCCCCUCCCUGUGUUGAUAUCCUUGAUAUGUCGGGACACGUGCUGAAGUCAGUUUGUCCAGACCACGAAGAUGGAAACAUCUUAGAUCGUCCCAAAUCCCUCUGCACCACGAGGACAGGAAACAUCCUGGUGUCUGACGGUGGAACCAAGUGUGUCUUGUGUCUGACCCCCGAGGGAGAUGUGGUGUUCAACUACAGACCUACAGGACACACAGCACUGAAGGAUCCACGUGGUAUCACAAGUACCAGCACAGGCGACAUCCUGGUGACAGACUUCUCACAACACAGAGUCAUCCAUCUGACAGAGUCAGGACAGUUUGUUAGAAACGUAAUGACGUCACAGAACGGUGCCCGGUAUCCAAGGGGACUGUGUGUUGGUGGUCGUGGUCGUAUAUACUUGUGUGCAUCAGGUGAAGUGAAGGUAUUUACAUACUGUAAGUGAGAGAACAUGUCACAAUCCCUUUCUGUAUGUUAAAUAUAGAUAUAUGUUACCUGGAUAGAUAUGAUGUGAUGCACUGUAGGAACAUUUGACGUGAACGUACAAUCAUACCUGUUGUAGAAAGACACAGCUUGUAUUGUAAUGAGUGUUGGUGGGGUAGCCUAGUGGUUAAAGCGUUCGCUCGUCACGCCGAGGACCCGGGUUCGAUUCCUUACUUGGGUGCAAUGUGUAAAGCCCAUUCCUGGUGUCCCCCUGCUGGAAUAUUGCUAAAAGCGGCAUAAAAACAUGCUCUGUCACCCACUAUAAUGUAAUACAAUAUAAACAAUGUUUGCACUGAAACAAUGAAAGCUGCAGGCCCUAAGGACCCAAAACCAUCAAACGUUGUGGGUCCUGACCAGAAUGUGUAGGUCCUAUAGUUUAAUAUGAAAUAAUACCCUCAGUUAUAGCCGGUACUUCUGCUUUCUGUUCAGAUACAUUGUCUCAAUAACACUGUACGGUACAAAAUCAUAUAUAAUAUAGAUAUUUUGAGUUUAAUCUAAGUGACUUUGAUGAGCAAUUUUAUACUGAAUUUACUAAAUAGGUUGCAUGUUGUAUGGCAUGUUUGUGAUAAACCAGAACAUCUGUUACUCUUUCCUAAACA